AUGCCUGAGGAAACUUUCAUGAGUUCAUCAAUUCCUUACUCUGAUAAUCCGGGGGAUGAAUCCACCCCACUUCUCAAUUCCGACGUCGCCGCACAAAGGCCGCAUUGGCCAAGGAACCGAGAAUUAGGAUGGUUGAUGCCUUAUGGCUUGAAAUAUCCCCCGCCGGUCUUGCCCAGACCGUUGAGGGGUCUACAAGCUGACCUUGAUUCGGCUUGGAUGGAACUAGAAAGACAGCAGGUGAUUGCCAACCGAGUGAAUCUAUUGACAUCGACGAUGGCGCUAUUGAUUACGAGUUCAGGGGGGAUAACCACGGCGAUGGCGAGCAACAAGAACGUGCGAGUGUGGACGACGGUGAUGGGGAUGCUGACAACGAUUGCAGGGACGGUGAUGGGCGGGAUCCGGGCCAUGGGCCAGCCGCGGCGGGCGGAAGACCGGGUGCGUCGGUUGGAGCGGAUUAUCGAUCACAUCGGCCGGAUGUAUUACACCGUAGGGCCCGACGACAACUCGUCUCAUGAACAGGCUAUCGAACAGACCUGGAAGAUGAUUGACGAGGAGGAAGACCGAACCGAGCUCGAGGAACGUAAAGCUGGUAGCUUUGGAUAUCGCAUUCAAGCCCCCCCUCUCUCCUCUUCAUCUGUCCCUCAAACUACUUCUCAACCUUUGCCUGAAAGCGGUCCACUGAAUGAUAUGAGUGGCUCGAAACAAGAAUUUAUCCGUCCUCGUCUUAAAGCAAGAAGAGCAAGUACACUGUUGGGAAAACAUUUCUCCUCCUCCUGA